AUGACAGAGCUGUUUGGUAGGGCUUAUUUAAAAGUAAAAACGGGUGAGAUAGCAGCCAACGGAUUUCGGGUUACAGGACUAUGGCCAUUGAAUAAAAAUAUUUUUACCGCGGUCGACUAUCUUGCUGCGCAACCUUUAGAAGAAUCGAUGGUCAAUCUUAGAACACCUGCUGAGGGUAAGCCUUUAACUGAAGCUUCUACAUCCAGACAAGAUACAAAUAUUGAACCUGUGCCCUCAACUUCCGGAAUUUCUCACAGUAGCUUAGGAGUCGUUUCUCCAUAUGACAUCAGUCCAGUACCAAACAAGAAAAGGAAACCUUCUAAUAGAGGAAGAAACGCAUCUGUUGCAGCAGUCAUCACAUCGUCACGUUACAGGGAGGAUCUCAUAGAAAAAAGUAAGAAGAAAGAAGAAAAACAAAAUAAAUGA